AUGGCUGAGAGACAGAAAGCAGCAGCGAGACAAGAAGAGACGCCUAAAAAUGCAGUGACGUCACAACAACGGGACGAAUAUGGCUAUUCUCAACCUAGGUACAGCUCGCAAACUGACCGGAAACAGCAGGCGCCAACACCCCGAGAAUCCAUACCUGACGAUGCGAGGGCAUCCACAUCAGGUGAACGUCCAUUGGUAUCGGAUGAGAUAGCAUCUCCUUUGCAGCAAGCAGACGACAGAUCUGCCACCAAGAGUCCAGCUUCCGGUGCAAACACACCAGAUGUAGACCCCGUUAUAUCUACAUCUGGUCUCAGAACCCUUUCGGACGGGGUGCGAACGCCAGAGUCUGCCAUUUCGGAUGGUCACGACAGCAGGCGAUCAAAGUAUGCCGUACAUACUCCGAUUGAACCCGAACAGGGGUGGCAGGAAGGGAAAACCAUGUUGGAGUGUAACCUUCACAUGCUGGAGAACGAGAUCGGUUGUGACGUCACGAUUUUCGUGGGAAAACACGAGGAGAAGGUGCGUGCGCACUCUUUCAUGUUGUCGUCUAGAAACGGAAAACUGGCCUCUAUUCUGUCGAAACAGGAAAAAGACGUGGAGAAGAUUGUUCGUCUGCCAAGCGUGGACAAACAGCCACUGCGAGAGUUUUUAUACUUCUUGUAUACAGACAAAGUAGAUUUUUCGUCGGUUGCAAAAGCCAAGUAUCUAAUCCAGAUUAGUGCUAAGCUUGGUCAGACCGACCUGCAAGAGAUGUGUUUCAUGUACCUCCUGACGGAAAUGAGCUCCGUUAACGUCUGCGUGACGUUGGAUCUAGCGUUGACAUACAAUGCGAUUGACAUCGUCGAGCGCUGUCGGCGUUUCAUUCACGUCAACGCAAUGGCCGUUCUAAGAGAGUCCGCGUUCUGUCAUCUGCCCCUGGAAACGGUGGAUAUGUUGACCCAAUCCGACGAUCUCAACGCAGACGAGGUUUCGGUGUACAAAAGUCUCGUUAACUGGGCCAAUCUAGAGUGCUUGCGCCAGCAAAUCAGUACAGCGGAUUCGAAUUUGAGAAACGUACUGGGAUCAACUCUUUUUAACGUCAGAUACGCGUUAAUGGACCCUGCGGUAUUUACAGCGAAUAUUUCUACCAAGGACGUCCUAAGCGCGGAAGAGAAAGUUUUAUUGUUUCAGUUUUACCACGGGCAGGUCGCCUCUCUGCCCGGUAAAUUUGACCGGAAGUCACGGCGGAAAAUAGUGAACCCUAAGGAAAUAUCCUCACAGGGAGGUGGAGGUUUCGACAAAGGUGUCAAAGGCGGUCGAGGAAACAACAGUGAUGUUACAGGAACUGUCAUCCCCAACGACGUAAAGCCAUUCAAGUUGGCGUCCGAUUUCCAUAAAAUGCCGAUUAAAAGCGCGUCACGCUUCGAACGAACGUCUGGACCUUGGGUGCUAAAUAAGGGCGCCGACGCCAUCUCCUUCCGGUGUUCGGAAAUCAUCAUAUUGCGCGGCUUUCGUAUCUACGGUCCGUAUCACCGGAAGACCCACGUGGAUAACGCGCAUUAUAGCAGAAGCGACUUGUACAAAGUUGACGUUCAAAUAUAUGAUGACUCUGUGAAAGAAGUAAGACGUGAACAGUUGGAAAUCAAUACAAGCAUAGGGCUUGACAAGGUAUUUGACGUCAUUUUGAGAGAUCCCGUACAACUGACGCCGUCUAGAUUUUUUACGGUUGCCGUCAAAAUUCUUGGUGCGCCGUCUUAUCACGGGACGGAUGGAAAACGCGAAAUAAACGUCGACGGCCUGACGUUCGAAUUCGCAAACAGCAACAAAAGUUUCAACGGCACUGACGUCAGUAUGGGACAAGUACCCGCCAUUCUGUUUAGCAAUGGUCAUAGCCUUCGUAUGGUAGAUAUGUGAUCAUGAUAGGGAAAAUUAAGACAUUUAAGAAGAUUCCCUCAUUUUCUCAGUAUGAGAGAUGACGAUACACUAUGCUAUAUGCGAUGGUCAUACGCAUUGUGAUUGUAUGUGUAUGUACUUUCCAAUUAGUUGAAUAAUUAUUAAAUUUUGAUUUGUAAAGUAGACCUUUGCUAAGAUUGUUCAUGCCUCCAUACGACAUUGAAACUUUUUACUUUCGGAUCAUUCGUGUUUUCAUUGACCCAUUUAUGCCUAGUGGACUCUCCCAUCCUUCUAAAUUGGAUCAAUUAAUUUCCAAAACUAGGGAUGUCAUGUAUACUUAUUUCUAUAAUUAAAAUAUUUCUUACAGAAAUGUCUUUAAGCAAACAUCGCAGACUCAGAUGAGACGCCGCAACAUGCGGCGUCUCAUCUGGGGCUACGCUGUCUGCCAAGGCCUUUUUCUAGACGCUAGGCAUAAAUGGGUUAAAAGAUUCAAACAACGUGAACAUUUUCAAACACUGAUGUCACAUAUUGUAUAUUAGUUUACAUGUCAACAAGUAAAUGGCCAUGUGUGCCUUUUAUUA